AUGGAUGACCCGUCCUCCGUUCCCACGCCUCCAGAAACGCCUACUGUUCCACCGCAGAAGAAGGACACUGCGGCCGAGCUCGAGCGCCUCUCAUGCCUGAUCAUCCACGCGCAUAACGAGCGCGACUUCGAAUUCCAGGGCGCGGACACGCAAGAGCUGCAGGCCCAUAUAUCUCCUCAGUGGAAAGGCGAGAUAGACACCGGCGGCCCGCGCGACCGACCCAUCACUUGGGAAGAGCAGACAUCAGCGUGGAAGCAGCGCGCAGAAGAGCAUCCAGACGUGCGCUUCGAUAUCAGGCACGUCUCCUCCCAGGUCAAUGAGAGAAGUGGUGUCGCGAAGGUGUACAUGGAGAUGGAGGUGUCGGGCAUUGGCGGGGUCACGUUGCACGCUAUGAAUGAGCUUCGGUGGAGGAAGGUUGAGAGGUUGUGGUUGUUACAUUAUACGCUUGACGGACCGACAAAGAUGAAGUUCCAAUACACGCAGCUGCAGCGAGGCAGCAUUCGGCUCGUACGAUUCAGCCAGUAUUGCACGCCCAGUUUCAUACAUGUGUGGAUGGAGCAUCUGCCGGACUUUCGCAAGGACACUUCACCCUACAACGUCUUGUCGUACAGCCCGGACGAUCCGAAGUACGAAGACCUGAAGUCCAUCAUGCUCAAUGGCCGCUCCUUUAUGGUGCCAUCGACCGUUCACGAGGCUCUCAGCGCCAUCGUGGAGCAUCACAGGACUAACGAGGGCUACUGGAUUGACAGAGUGUCUAUCAACUGCGGCGAUCCAGCUGAGAGGACCGAGCAGCUUGCCUUAAUGCCCACCAUUUUCUCUCAUGCGGACCGGGUGCUGGUCUGGCUUGGCCCUGAGGACGAUCAAACGGAGGCUGCUUUCAAGGCGAUGCGUGAGCGAGCUGCACAUUGCCCAUACCCGUCGCUCGAAGAGUGCAAUGCUGGCGGCGAGCAUCGCGUGGUCUCCUCUGAGCAGGAGCAGAACGCUAUGAAGUCUCUCCUGGCGAGAGACUACUUCCAGAAAGCGGGAAUACGACCGGACGUUUUUCAAAAGAGGAAUGGACAUUUAAUUUGCGGCAGAUUCAUGUGUGAGGUCGGGCUGUUUGUGCACUACCAACGCACGUCGGUCGGCCCUUCCGAAGCUGCGGAGCCUGGAUCGGUGCUGUAA